AUGGACAUGAACAACAUUAACAACAAAACACUUCCAACUGGGAGUUGCUCAUUUGGAGAAACAACUCAAACUAGCAUAGAUUAUAAAAAAAGAAGCCGAAGAGGAGAUGAAGAUUUUAAAACGGCAAUGAACAAGAACCCUGACAAAGAAAAAAUUUCAGAAGAUGAUGCUGAUGGAAAAACGUACAAGCCCUGUCUUUUGGACAAAAUAUGCCAACUGAAAAAAGAGCUGAAAGUUUAUAAAGCUAAAAACGAGGCUUUAGAAGCGGAAAAAAGUUUUAGGAAUAUUUACUAUAAGGUCGAUAACAGCAACAUUAAACACAUCAACAACCUGGACAUCAACAACAACCCCAUUGACAUCAACAACAAUCUGGAUGUAAACUGCGAACAUAACAUCAACAACAACGUUGACAUCAACAACAAUAACCUUAUCAUCAACAACAACAUCGACGACGACUGCAGGAACAUCCCCAACAAAAUCGACUAUAACAACAUCAAUGACAACAGCAUCAAUGGCAACAACAACCAACAAAUCCUAUUAGACGAACUGAAUUUCAUGCCUUACAAAUACGUCGAAUCCAACGAUGGAAACGUCAUAAUAAUUCAAGACUAA